CUGGAGGGAGGACUUGACAAUCACUGCGGGAGAACCGGCGUUCCCAGGACCUGGGCGGGACACAGCCUGUGGUGACCCGCGCCUAGGAAGAGCGACGAGAUGAUCCGCCAGAAGUCCAGCCAAUUCACGGUCCUGAAGAUACAGCCGGAGCGUGAACAGCCCUCAGAGCUGCAGCGGGAACCCCAGAAGGACCUCAACUCAGUGGAUGGGUCCGUCACGCGGAUGGUAACACGUGUGCGGACCGAGUCCAGAAUCACGGCUUCGGUAGAAGCGGAUGAGGAUCCUGCAGCCAACUUGUUCCCGCCCCCGUUGCCCCAACCCCGGAUCUGCAUGUGGAAGUACCUGGAUAUCCAUUCCAUGCACAGGCUGGAGAAGACAGCCAACACUGAGGAGAUGAAGGAGGUGCUAGCUGAGCUCUUGGGGCUAAGCUGUCCUGAGCAAAGCCUGAAGGAGGCCAUCACCCUAGACCUCUUCUCCCACGCACUCAUCUUCUGCCGUCAGCAGGGCUUCUCACUGGAACAGACAUCGACAGCUUGUGCCCUGCUCCAAGAUCUUCAUAAGGCCUGUGUUGCAACCCCCUUGGGCAACGUGGAGGAAUGUUACCGCUACUUCAUCAGUGUCCUUUUUUGCCAUGGAGUCAGGCGGCCCCCCUUCAGUAUCAACCUCUUUAGGGAGGAACAGCUGCUGGCCCUGGCAGAUUAUGUGGUCAACACCUACUUUCGCCACUUUAAGCUCUACAAAUAUGUCUUCACGCCCCAGGUGCGACUGGAUCUGUCUUUGACUUACAUGGGGCUACAGCCCCCCAAGCUCUUGCCAGAGGAGGAAACAGAGAAAGGCGGCGAGGAGGUGGAGCAGGGCAUCAGCCCACAAGAGGAACCAGAAACAGGGGUCCAGCCAGAGCCGGAGCCAGAGCCAAGCGAGGUCUCCAGCCUGCAAGCCUACAUCAGGACCCAGAUGAACAAGGAGCUGAGGAAGCUCCAACAGCUGAUGGAGGAGCAGCUCCAGGCCAGCGAGGAACGGCUUAGCAGCAAGCUGACCACCCUAGAGCGGCCCUUCCAGCCACCUUCUGGCAAAGGCAAGAACAAGACCAAGUGACCCCCAGCAUUUUCCCCAAUAAAGGCCCAGGGCAUGGCAGCCCCAUCCCCGCCC